CUUUGAUCAGAUGUUUCUUCGUGUCUCUGGAGUACUCUUGCCGUGAAAUGCGGCACCUGGGGAUAUUCGUGCUGAUUCUACACGUUUCUUUGGCCUCGACAUUUCGAUCCACGGUACAACCUUCCAGUCAAAAUGCUACAGUUGAUACACCGAAUGCAAAAGAUCUCAGAGACCUGAGGUUGGUGGGGCAAUAUGCACCAUGCAUUGGAAAAUUGGAAAUUUAUUACCGAGGUCAGUGGAAUUCAGUUUGUAGUAGUAUGUUGGAUUCAGCUGCUGGGAAAGUCAUCUGCAAACAGAUUUUCUGCAGUUCAUUUCAUGCAUUAUCAACUAGUCCCAACUCACAAGAAACAGAUCCUGUUUUACUGGAUAGAAUUCAGUGCAAUGGAACAGAAUCUUCAUUGUGGGAUUGUUCAUUCACAACAUCCAGCUAGCAGACUUGCGAAAUUGGGACAAGUGCAGUCACCUUCUGUAAAGGUGAAGAUUGGCAGUUAUGAUUGGCGAAC